AUGGCCACAUGGAAUAAUGAUGUCAAGGCUGCUGCUUUAUGCCUUGAGAAAGGUGCUGAUGUCGACUGUCUUAAGGUUGGCUCGGUCACCGCCCUUCACAUGGCGGCAACGAAGGGAAAUCUUGAGGUAGCGGACUUGCUUAUUUCAAGAGGUGCUGAUGUGAACAAGAAAGACGGGGACUACAAAACACCUCUCCACAGGUUAAUUUAAUUUGCAUUGAAUAAGACUAAGCAAUGCUGAUUACUUUAAGUGUUGAAUGGACGUUCCAUAGAAUUUUGCCCACAGUCUAGAAAAUUCUAAACUAAAACAUAUUGGUAACGUUGUUGGUGACCUAAAUGUUUGUCAUGUAGUUGCAUGUGGAACAAAACAUACAAACGCAAAUUUCCCUUCUAGGUCUCAAGAAAAUGAUUAAUUAAUCAGUGAAGAACAUUCUUGUUUCCAGAUGCAUGUCGGUUCGCUCAUCAAUGUUCCUAGUUUUGCAGGACCUUAAAAGUAUCCCCAUGUUGUCUUCUUAAUUACCAGUCUGGAAGCGAAAAAGAAGAAAAGCAGCGUUUCUUAAAUUUUAAGCUACAAUCACUUAACUAACCCGUUGAUUAUCGUUCCCAUGUAGGGCCGCUAUGUUUAACCAGUUAAACGUAAUUGAAUUUCUUGUGAAAAAGGAGGCAAAAAUUCAUGCUCGUGACAGCGAAGGACGUUCUCCGUUCCUGAAUGCUGUUGCUGCUGGGCACGUGGACUGCGCCCGAGUUCUUCUCAAACUUGGAGCUGAUUUGAGCGCAGCGGACUUGCAUAUGAAAAACUGUCUUCACAUUGCGGUAGAGAACGAGCUCUUAGAGAUGCUAUCAAUGCUUUUGGAAAGUCGUGCGGGGGUACGCUGUUUAAACAGAAGAGAUUUGAAGGAUAGAGUUCCUCUGCACUACGCGGCAAAGACAAGAGACAUCAAGGUAAAUUUGUAACGGAACUGUUAGAAAGCAAUUCAACAGCACUUGUUUUAUCAAGGGCAGAAAACUUGACAUGACGGCACCUUUACAUAGAAGUGACUAUAAUACAGUCGAGCCUCUAUAAAGGGGAAUUCUAUAAGCGACCACCAUCUCUUUCCUCUCCAUUUACCUUAGUCCGGGCGGAGAAAAGUUUCAGUAAAUAACUGUAAACAGUAUCCCUAUAAAGCAGCCUCCUGUUAUUUCUUCAAGUACUUUGUUAAAGGCAGAACGCGAUAUUCGUUCAAAAGAAUUAUUUUCCCGGCUCACUGGUUAGUCAAUCGCAAGUCACAGCUAUCUCCCAAAUAAGUAAGUAAGUAAAGCCUUUAUUUAAAGAGGGUAGCACUUAAUAGCCAAAGGCUAAUAAACUUGUGGCCCUCAUAAAAUACACAACUAUUUACAAUCUAAUAAAUAUAGUAAGCUAAAAUAUAUAAACAAUCAAAAUAAAACAGGAUUCGUUUUUUAUAAAAAUAAAAAAUUAUUAAAUGAUAUAAUGAUGCAAACAUUGUUGUUCCUUAACAAUCUUGGCAAACAUGUUCUUUUUAAAACAUGCUACAGAAUCUAGUUUCCUAAUUUCAAUUGGUGUACUAUUCCACAGUCUUGUUGCCGAAACAACGAAAGAGCGUCCUCCUUCUGUUUCUCUUCUAUAUUUAGGACAAACAGCAUUAAUGCUUGAAUAUCUAGUGUUGCGGGAGUGCCGCUUAUUAUUCAAAAUUAAGUGUUCAUUAAGAUAAUUCGGCAAAUACCCAUUAAUUCGCUUAUACAUUAUUAUGCAUUUAUCUAUCUUAUGUUGCUCAUAAAAGGGAAUCCAACCUAGUUUGUUAAACAAAGCAACUGAUGGUGUCAUGCGAUCGGCAUAAGAAAUAACGCGUGCCGCACGUCUUUGCAAUCUUAAGACCCUAUAAACCGACUCUUUAUCACAAUUUGCCCAAACAACGUUAGCGUAAGACAUAACAGGGCGAAUAAUGCUAUUAUAAAACUGAAGUCGCUGUUUAAGAGGUAGACAGGCUCGAAUCUUACGCAGUACUGCGAUUCUAGAGGCCAACUUUUUACAUACUUUCUCAAUAUGUUCAUCAAAUGACAAUUUGCUGUCAAUUUCUACGCCUAAUAAGGUAGCACAAUCCACAUUACUGAGCUGUUUCCCGUUUACGAAAACAUCUAUGUCACUUCCAUUUAUGUUAGCCACACAUCUUUUCCCAGUGAUCGUGACUACUUUAGUCUUGUCUUCAUUUAAUGGGAGCUUAUUCGCUGAAGCCCAUAAUUGAAUUUCAGAGACAGACUUAUUUAGUGAUGAACUUAAGGUGGCUAAGUUUUUCACAUCCGCAAAAGCAGUGACAGUCGUAUCCUCUGCGUAAAGGUCCAACUGAGCACUUGUAUACAAGGGCAGAUCGUUGAUAAACAAAAUGAAGAAAAAAGGACCUAAAAUACUGCCCUGAGGAACUCCAUGCAACACCAAAGCUUCGCUUGACUCACCCCCAUUUACACGGACCACUUGCUUCCUAUCCAACAAAUAAGAGUGACACCAGGCAAGCUCCCGGUUGGCUAUACCGUACAGUUCCAACUUGCGCAACAAUAGCUUAUGGUCCACCAUGUCGAAAGCCUUUCGAUAAUCAACCAGGACCAUGCCGCAUACAUGAUUAUUAUCUAGGCCGAACAAAAGCUCGUCAACUAACUUGAUUAGAGCAGUCUCGGUACUGUACAUCCUACGAAACCCAGACUGUCUAGAAUACAGCAAGUUAUAUGAACACCUUCUCGACAUCACGGUAGGUCGUCUGACUCUCACAUGUUUGCAACUGGUGGUGACUGACGGGAAUGCCAUGUAAGUGAUAGGGAGCCUACAUCAGUUAUUUUCUAAGACGGACAUUCUUAGGAAUGAAUAACGGCAUGGACCAUCUUUACAGCUUCAAGGUGUCCAUUGAGGAAGAGUUACUGUCAAACUUACUCCCUUUCAAGUGGCCUCCCUUGAAGAAGGAACAAGUGUCCACUCUAUUAGGUGUUAAGUGGUGUACUGACAAGUUUGUUCGCCGAUACUCUAGGAACUUACCGAUAGAUGACAGCUUGACCCUUUAAGCCCCAGUAUCAGCAUGCGUAAUCUCUGCACUUCUCUUUAUACAUUCUUAUGGUCCUGCUCGAGAAAAUUUGUUCAAACAUCAAGGUAUUUUGUCUGUAGUGAUUAUUUCGUUCAUUCUCGUGACCUGUAGCGUGCUGUUGUUGGGAGAAAUUGGAAGCUGGUCACUAUUGAAGCUUAAAGAAUUAAUGAGGGGCCGCUUAAUAGACAUUCGGCUGUAGUGUAGGAGAUCAAUAAAUGACACUGACUCUGGCAUACGGUUUCAUGUUUGUAGAUUUUAGAGCUCGUCUUAUCCAAGCAGAAGCACUUGGGCUUCAGCGAUGAGAGUCAGAAGACACCGCUUCACCAUGCAGCAGAAAAGGCCUCAUCGAAACACGUUGAAGUUCUGGCAAAGCACAUGUCUGAGAUAAAUGCGCGAGAUGAACUUGGCCGAACACCAUUGCACAGCGCUGCAAUGAAAGGGCAGAGGCAAGAGAUAUAUUCUAGAAUAUUCUUUUAUUUCUUCACAGUUAUCGCUGUUUUUCCAUUAUGGGUGAAAGCGAUCUUUGCUACUUGUUUGGAUACAGAGUCGACCGUAGAUCAAAGAUGUUCUCACAAGCAAGCAAUUAUAGUGACGUAAAACGUCAAAACUCGAACGUUACAUUUUUUACGACUAUUAAAUCGUCCUUUGUUUUGGAAGAAUAAAUGUGUCUGAAUUAAUAAAAAAGGUACCUACAGAAAUUUCAAGUGCGUUUUAACAAUUUGACCGUUGAGCUGAAUAAAAAGCAGUUGAAAGUCGCUAGUUAGGGCUUAAAACGGAUAAAUUAAUCGCUGGAAACACACGAAAAGUUGCUCUUGGCAAAAGCAACCGAUUUGUAACAGACCUACAAUCCAUCUUUCCUGACCCCACAAUCGGGUGUCUAGACAAAAUUAUUUCAACUAAACACUCACAAAGCGUUUUUAUGCUUGUACACAAUGUUCUUAUAACACGAGCGCCACGACAUACCUGAAAUCUGUCUGUCAACAACUUCAGGAAAUUACACAAUUAACCACGUUCGCGGCACUGCCAAAACUAUCCACAACCAACCAGGGACAAUGUUUCCACACUUAAUACUGGCGAAAUAUCAUCAAACUACUCUCUCUCGAUAACUCUCGCUUUCUCCACAUGAAUCAUUAUAUUUAAAAGGUGUUUCGAUAAAGUUUUUCAGAGGCCAUACCGAUAUUUUUCAAUCGCCUUAAAAGUGUUUUUUUCCGUGUCUGAUCGCUAUAAAAUUUUCACCAGUAAUUGGCUAUGGAUUGAAAUUUGUGAAAAUGUAGUUUUGAUUAAAAUCGCUAUUACUAUGACAACAAGAAACAAAAGAACUUUUAAACUGAUAAAAGCCGAAUUUUGUGUGAUCUAGACCAGCUACUGAAAAUCCAACACUAGGAACUUAAAGUUUGGUGUUUAGCAAACAAUCUUCGUAAGACGUAAAAAAAUUCAACUGAAACGAAAAUAUUUUUCCAAUCUUAAAUUUUAAAUAGCCGUGAUAGAUUAUUUAAUAAAAACGUUAUUAAUGACUCAAAUUAUUUUUAUGUAGCGUCAGAAUGCUGCUUAAUAUCAUAUUUCGAUGCUAGGAUAUUUUGGUGUAUUUUCGUUCAUGCGAUCUUGAAAACUAACCCAUUUUCUCACCACCUGUAUAAGUGCAACUUCAUUCAGAAUUUGGACUUUUAGCGCUUUCUUGUAUAUCUCUGAAACGACUCGAACGAAUUUUUUUAAAAUCUCCUCACGUAAUCUUCAUAAUGUAUAUAAAAAUGUCUGAAACUUUCAUGAAGAUUGAUUCAUUGCAACACCAUGAAAUUUCAAGACAAACGUAUCCUACGAACCGGUCAAAAAUCUGCGUUACAACAUUCACUGUUUUGACGUUAAGCUAUUUUUUCCAAAAGAAUGCAUACUAUACAUAUCUCCAUGACUAGUACAUUUUAGUUUGAAUUUAUCGCACCUUUUGAUUGUAAAACAUUGACAAUACUCACACUGAAAUUUACUAGUCAUGGAUAUAUGUAUUGUCCGCAUUAAUUUAGAAAAAUUAGCAUAACGUCAAAACAGUGACUGCUGUAGCGCGGAUUUUUGACCGGUUCGUACGAUAGUUUUGUCUUGAAAUUUCAAGGUGUUGCAGUGAAUAAAUCUUAAUGAAAGUUUCAGACAUUAUUAUAUACAUUAUGGAGAUUAUGUGAAGAGAUUUAAAAAAAAUUUGUUCGAGUCGUUUCAGAGAUAUAUUUUGAAAGAAGUUGCACUUAGACAGGUGGUGAGAAAACGGGUUAGUUUUUAAGAUCGCAAGAACGAAAAUACGCCAAAAUUUCCUAGCAUCAAAAUAUGAUAUUAAGCAGCAUUUUGACGCUACUUAAGAAUAAUUUGAGUCAUUUAUAACGUUUUUUAAAAAUAAUCUAUCACGGCUAUUUAAAAUUUAAGGUUUGAAAUUUAUUUUCGUUUUAGUCGAAUUCAAACAUACAGAAUUUUUUACUUCUUGCGGAGGUUAUUUGCUAAACACCCAACUUUAAGUUCCUAGUGUUGGAUUUUCAGCAGCAGGUCUAGAUCGCGCAAAAUUAGGCGUUUAGCUAUUUCAAAGUUUCUUGUUUAUUGUUGUCAUAGUAAUAACGAUUUUAGUAAAACCUACAUUUUGACAUAUUUCAAUCUAUAGUCAGUCAUUGGUGAAAAUUUUAUAGCGAUCAGACAAGGAUAAAAUCACUUUUAAAGCGAUUGAAAAAUAUCGGUAUGGCCUCUGAAAAACUAUAUCGAAACACUGCUGACACAGUCGAUUUAUUCAAGAUCCCGGAAGUAGAACAGCCGUUUUGAAAGGGACAUAUAGAGGCCGGCCUUCAAAACAAGUUUUAACUAAGUCUCUGGCCUGGUCAGAAAUCAGCUUCAAUUUUAGUCGCGCCGAAUAGAUUUGACUCCAACAAUCUACUUUUUGAGGCCAGAGACUCGUCACCGCCAAAUCAACGCUCGCAAUAUGCUGCCUUUCCGUCUCAAGCCCGAGAUCAGUGUUUCACCCGUUUAGCCAAAAUGAGACGAAAUAUGGUAACGUGUUGGACGACGGCAGACUUUGCCAAUCGUGAGAGUUGUUUCUUCAUAAGGCUUAAUGAUGCUUUCCGGAAAACUUUGUUGCAGGGGGCCAAAAAGAAAUCUAGAAAAUUAACCGACGACGGAAAACACUUUCUACCGCGGGCGCUGAUUGCAAAUGUCAUAGCGUUUUAUGACAAGUAGAGAAUUAUGGGAAAUGGUAGGUAGGGGAGAGGUGGGGGAGGGGUAGGGAAGAUGUAAAAGGCAUAUUUGACUCAUGUUUUUUCAUCUACUGCAGCUUGUAAGGGGAUUUUUGUAGUGAAAAUAUCAUUUAAAAAAAAAAUGUCAAGUACUGAAGAAGCCUCAAAUGAGAAUGUUACUAAAAAGUCCUGAAGGUACCUCUUUACAAAUCCAGACAGAAAUAAAAUCGACUGCGAUUACCGAAUAGGCAAGUGUUAUGUUUUGACUGCCCCGUGAAAUACCACGUAACAUUGCUUUUAUUCCAUCAAUCCUAAAGCGCUUGAAAAGAUGGCGGGUAUCGUGCAUAAGGUCUAUUCCGUAAGUCGAUUUCAGUUCCAUCCGUUACUUAAUUCUAUUUACCAUUUGCAUAUCCCUCAUUAUACACCUUGCUUAGCCCCCCCCCCCCCCGCCCAAAAAAUGCAUGAACGUAUUGCGAUCGUCCCAAUUCAAGACAAUGCUUAUUCAAUAUGCAUUUUUUAAGCCGUGGCGGGGGGGGGGGGCAAGGUGUGUUAUGGGAGAUUGCAAAUGGCGAAUAAGAGAAUCCAAUGCAUUUUUAACAGUGUAUGUAAGUAUCGCAUAUUGUUUUACCAAGCUACCUGCAUUGCUUCCCUUUGCAAUAGGAAAUCCUGUCAGGUGCUUCUUAGCAUGGGAGCUGAGGUCGAUAGCAGGGAUAACAAGUUUCGAACACCUCUGAUGUGGGCUUCUCAUGGAAACCACACAAAAUGUGCGGUGAUUCUUCUUGACUCCAAAGCUUCUGUUGACCUACAGGAUGACGGUAGUGAUACUGCUUUGCAUGUAGCGUGCGGUCAGGGUCAUCCAGCUAUUGUGAAGUUACUGUUGGACCAUGGUGCAUCCUCAGCAUUGAGGAAUAAACAAGGUCUUACUUGUUUAGAAGUUGCCGCGAAAGCAGGAUCGUGUGAUGCCGCCAUGGCGAUUGCCAAACACGAAAGGUUAGCAGAGUACAAUACAAUACAAUACAAUGCCCUUUAUUUAACGUGGUCAAUUUUCUUAGCUAAUCAGCUACUUUACAGACAUGCCACAAAAAAUAAAUAAAUAAACUAGAAAUAAUAAUAGAAAGAGACGAUUUCUCAUGAAAACCUAUAUAAAAAAUAUAUAUACAGUUAAAAAUUAUUAAAACUAAGAGUAGAUCACGACAUUAUUACAUAAUGACGUUAAAACUAAGCCAAAUGUAUUUAAAUGUAUUUGGGCGAUUAAAAUUUAAAAUUUGAAAAAUCCAACUUAGACAUUAAGUUCUUAAAUUUUCCGAUUUUAUUAGCGGCACGAAACUGAUCCGGAAGAGCGUUCCAAAUCUUAGCUGCAGUAUAACGCCACGAUUUAAGUCCAUAGGUGGUUGUAUUUACUUUGGGUAGCUCGAGGAUGUGUUUUCCUCUAAGAUUAUAAAUGCAGUAGCUCUCCUAUCCCUCCGGGGACUUUAUACCCAUGGAUAGCUUUGUAAACACCGGUGGCCAUUUUAACAAUUCUUUGAUUAAGUGGGGACAGCAAGUUUAGUUUUUUUAGCAACGUCUCGUACGUAGCUCGUUCAUUGAUUUUUUCAAGUUUGGCGCAACCUCUUUUACCACAGUGAUGCCACGACUCUGAGCAGUAAUUGAAAUGCGGUGCAAUGAAAGCACGAUAUAUAUCUAUCCGCAAUUCAAAAGGUAAUAUUUUCUUCAAACGAUUAAGAACAGCAACCUGUUGACUAACUGUACGGCAGAUUUUACGAAUCUGUCCCUCAAACUUAAGCUUGUUAUCGACAGUGACGCCGAGGAGUUCCAUUUCGUAUUGAAUAGGGAUAACGGUUCCUUCACAUGUCAACACUGGACUUCUCUCGACCCUUUCAAAAGUAAUUGCUUGAUAUUUUGAAUGCUUUCUUUUCAUUUGAUUGAAUUCAAAACACUCAUCACCCUUUUUCAGAUCGGCAUUUAUGGCAUGUUCAACCUGGUCGAUAUUUUCCGCAGACUUAAACAAUUGAGUGUCGUCGGCAUACGUGAAUAAUGUACAUUCGUCUAUAGCAUAAGACAGGUCAUUCAUGAAAAUAUUAAAGAGAAUGGGACCCAAAAUUGAUCCCUGGGGGACACCCUUCAUUAUGGUUUUCAUAGAAGAGUGUUGUCCACUCAAUCUGACACGUUGCUGUUUGGCACUUAAAUAAUUCGUAACGAGAUUGAUAACUUUUGUCAUAAGUAUCCACCGUUAUCUUCAAGCUUUUUGACAAUAAGGUUAUGGGGAAGGGUGUCAAAUGCUUUUGAGAGAUCCAUAGACAUCAGACUAAUAAGUUUGUGAUUAUCUAAUUCUUUCUUGAAUUGUUCAGUUACACUAAGGAUAGCUGUGUCGCACCCAUGAUAAUCUCUAUAUGCAAAGACAUUGUUAUGAUAGAUAUCUUCAAAGUGUGAAGCAAGUCUUGAGUGAACGAGUUUUUCAAAAACUUUGGAUAAGACCUGCAGGAUUGUUAUAGGGCGAUAGUUUGUCUUUGUUAACGUACAGUCUUUCUUGUGGACCGGGACAAUUUCACCUAGUUUCCAACUCGAAGGCACUUUUCCCCUUUAAAAUAGAAAAUUCUCUAAAAAGCUGAAAGGCUGACACAAUUUCAGCGGAUUCUUUGACAGCUCGAGCUGGAAUUUAAUCAUGUCCAGUAGCAUUGUUUGUCUUAAGAUUCUUUAUAAUUCUCUUCACUUCCCCUGGGCUUGUAUUUGUUAAGGUGAAGGGCGGGAUUGAUGAGCUUUUAUUGUCUGGUAUGACUUUGGAGGCAAUUGAUUGAAGUCAGGGUGCUGAAAACUUGAAAACAUUCUGCCAGAACUUCGGCGACUUUCUUUUGUUCUCUAAUGAAACCACCAUUGUCUUUCAAAACAAUACGCUCAUUGUGGAAAGACUGUUUUUUCCUGGAUGAAAUAUACGGUCUUAUUGUGUUCCAAAACUUCUUUUGAUCUGAAUAUUUAUCAUCGCAGAUUCUGGAAAAGUGAUCUCUUACUCUUUUCCUCCUCAUACUAACAAGUCUGUUUCUUAGUUGGCGGUAUUUUUCCCAGUCUUCAGGCUUUCUGGACUUGUUGAACUGCCUUUACAGCGAUUACGUUCUCUCAUCACUUCCCGUAAUUCAGGGUUUAUAAAUUGAAAUUGAUCGCGAUGUUGUCGGCGAAACGAUUUAACUGGAGCAUGGUCAUUCAGAUCUUCAACGAACAAUUUUCCCAAGCCCAAUAUACAUCUUCAGGUUCAUCAAAGACGUAAGCCGUCGAAAAAGGAACCAAACUAAGGUCGUUACAAAAAGAGCCUUCAUCAAAAUUCUUGAAAGAGCGCACUCGGAUAAUUUCGGGUUCAGGUUGCGGUAUUUUCUUAUUUAGAAUCGUUAAAGUAUAAACUAGGCAAUGAUCACUGAGGCCAACCUCCAAAGUUCCUGUUUCUCUGAAAUGACCUGGAACAUUCAUCAGGAUAACAUCUAAGCAUGAAGAACGCUGAGGAGAUAUUCUUGUGGGUGAAUUAUUUAAAGAAUCCAGAUCAUAAAUGUCACAAAUGUCCAGCAGACAUCUUAAUGUCAGAAAUAAUUAGCUUAAGCCAAGUCAAUAACAAUAAAGUUACUACAAAUUGCAAAUAUAUUAUCUCACCUUUAAUUUUGUAAUACCUGCCUGAAACCCCCCCACCCCAAACAAACAAAGAAAUAGGUUUGAAGCCCCGGAAAGAUCCUUUCCACAAAGUUGGUGGAAAGGAUACUCGUAACUUAACAGUUGGUAAUCCAAAGGAGUUUUCGAAAGAACAAUAUAAUGAUUAGAAAUACACGACAAGAGUCAAACAAGUUAAGGAUCGCUAUUUUCAUUUUCGAUUCCUGAAAUGAAAGCGCCGAGUUUGUUAUUAGCUGGUUUUGUCUCUCUCGAGAUGAAAAGAAGCGAGCUUCAUUCUCUGUGCUAGUAUUCAGAUAGAAAAUCAUGUUUGCCAGGUCAGGACUGUUGGAGAGGCCACGUUAUGUAAUACUCCUAAUUAAAUAAUUAACAAUUAUUCUUUGAAAUCGAAGUGAAUAGUGGCAAAAUAUUUACCGAGCCGCGAAAGCGGCGAGGUAAAUAUUCCCAAAGCCACUAUUCACCGAGAUUGAAAAGAAUAAUUGUUUCAGUAUAUACACACGAAGUGAUCUCAACAAAAUCAGAAAGGAAACCAUUCAAAAGUACGAUUUGAUCGACAGAUCAAAUCACGCGUAAGUUUAAAAAUAGAUCUUUGCAGAAUUUUCAAACAUGGCAAUUCACAAGUUUAUCAUUUCGCAAACAACAGCGUAAUGGCUUCAAUGGAACCGCUAAAAGUUUGAACUGUUUCCUUACCUGAGAAGAAAAGUAGAGCUGUGUUGUUUCUGUUGACUCGCCAAGUUUAUAGCCAAAAGGGUUUGUUGUGUCGUUCUUCGCAUGAAGUGCUGACAAAAAUGGCGGCUCGGUUGCUCGAGGUAAGAGGUCGUCUUCCUGUAUCAUUCUUUUUCCUGUUUACUUGAAAUGUAGAAUUUCUGCAAACAUUUCCUUUUAAAUUUGUUUGUCAUAAAUAAACUUCGAUUUUUGAGCCAAAAUUUUCUUCUUAGAAAACGCUGAGUUCACGAAACGGCUUCUUCUACGCGAAUACACGGGAGUUGUAAACAAUCCAUCGAGCACAAAACUCCUGCUACAGUAAAUUGAAAAACGCCGUAUUGAAUCCUUCCAAGUCUUUUCUUGCCUUAAAAAAAGUCAGCCCUAGGAUUUUGUCGACUUUUAAAAGAUCGUUCUCUAAAAAAAUGGAAAAACACCGAGCUCACACAUUAUCCACUCGCUAGGAGGUGAAUAUUGUUGAAUAGUCCGAGAUAGCGAACCAAUCAGAUUGCUUAAAUCACCAAGAUCACUGAGAGUGUAUUUAACAAUUAUUACACGAGGGCGCGUUGGAUAUGAGAUGAUAGAUAGCCAACGAGGCGCAUAGCGCCGAGUUGGCUAUAAUCAUUUCAUAUCCAACAAGCCCGAGUGGAAUAAUUGUUUUAUUAAAAACGCCCACAAAAUCUCGUUGAAUCGCCCCGACUAGAACAAACCGGAAAAGACAAGGGACUUCCGCUAUUGACAUGUCACACGUCUAUCAAAACUGUCAACGCGCGAACGGACUCGCCUGGACUGCAUGAAUGAAAAAUCAAAACAUUGUGCGAUGAACAUUAGUUUUUUAAAAACUCAUCGUGAUUCUAGGAUUUUACACAGCAUAACAGCUUAAAAAACCUGGCAGAUAAUGUGAAGGAAAGGAACUUUUAAGUGACAGCCGUCGAAAUUACUAUGAAUUUGGAUUUUCGAUGCAGUUAUAAAAGUAAGAACAACGGAGAAAAACGACCGGUAUUACCUCAGUCGCUUGUUAUGAAGUUGUUUGAAGCCACAAGCUGGUUUUGCUGAACGAGAAAAGAAGCUAUACUGCCGCCUCGAUUGCUCUAGUGAAUGGCUGCAUAGCCUGUAUUUGUAGCUGGUUACUUGUGAUUUAUAUUCUUGAUGUCGGAUAAACAAGCUGCAGUUAUCUAUCGGCGAGUGACUCGAUCGGCGAAUGGCUUCGCGAUCAUGAAGAAACAACACUUGUCUUCUUUCGUAGCUGGUCAAGGUACCUUAGUUCCAUGUGUUUUCAUGUGUUUUUCGACAAAUUUUCAAACAAGCUCUUGUGGCUUUUUUUGUUUGUUUUUGUCUUUUUUCUUUCGUUGAAAUUGCAUUUCUAGUAUUCUAAGAAAUGAAUUAAAACGAUUUGCUUCGGGCGCCGUUCUAUCCUUCGCGAAAAAAAAUCUCAGCUAGCUUCCAAUUUUAAACUGACGCGUACACCGACCAUAUAUGGAGAACAUGGUAUAUUAGCUCAUAUACCAUAACGGCUAAGCCAAUCAAAAUGCUAGAAUUGCAUUAUCCAAUGAUUCAGUUUUUAAUAAAUACUAAUUUAUAAUGGUGCUUAUGAAUACAUCGUAAUAUAUACAUUGUGUUGGGGGAGGGAAGGGGAGGAAACGUCGAAUGUCAAGUCAAUUUGUUUGCUUUUACCUGCAAUUUUAAAGGUGGAAGGAACUUAAGCAAUAUCAAAUAUCAAACGGUCAAACUGCAAUCUCACUCCUGGUUGAAAACUUCCCAGAAGCAGCUGAAGUUGUUCUUGAUCAAUGCGUACGUUCCUCGGACCAUCUCAACCCAGCCGACCCAGACUACACUGUAACUUAUGACUUCAAGCACCUAGAUCCUGGUCCAGAUGCUGACAUGUCGAGUGGAAGGUUUUCCACUGUUCAGAUGAUGAUAAAGCACAAGCGUGAACGACUUCUUCUUCAUCCUCUUACGCUGAAAUUUAAUGAACGAAAGUGGCAGAGUUUAGGAAGAUACGUCUUCUUAUUCGACUUUGUUACUUAUCUCUUGCUUAUGGUGCUCUUUACUGUAUUUAUAGUCGACGAUAGGUCAGACCAGACCUUCAGUGAACCACUAAAGCAAAAACCGUCAGAUUAUUACUACGACGAAGACGACCCCUUUAGAGGAACUAUGUCAUUUUUGAUCUUGACUUUCUCCUUGCUCCACAUAUGCAAAGAACUGUUGCAAAUUUACGUUCAGCGUUGGAACUACUUCAAGGACCUGUCUAAUUACCUGAACUGGGCACUGUAUAUCUCUUCAGCCUUGUUUAUGGUCCCCUACGUCGCAAAGCCAGAAGACGUCGACAAGUUUUUUGCCAGUACGAAGGCUCCCUUAGUACUUUGGAAUACUGGAGUUGUUGCAAUCUUCGUGUGCUACACCAACAUGAUGCUGUUUCUCAGAAGAUAUCGCUUGUUUGGCACUUACAUCUCAAUGUAUAUUGAAGUGACGAAGACUGUAUUCCAAGUUAUGUUCGUGUUUGUUUUUCUGGUUCUGGGAUUUGCAUUGGCUUUUUUCGUCCUCUUUAAAGAACAGGUAAGUUAGUUCUCAGGUAUUGUUGGCUAGUCAGUUAAUCUUGCGAGGAAAAACCAGAAUUCUGUAAUUACUGAGUUAAUUUAACUAUAAAAAAAGAUAAGAAAGAAACCUUAGGUUUUGGGAUCCAGACAAAAUGCCCCUUUUCCUUUAUAGAGAUUUUCCUUCAAUAGAGGUUGAUACAACAGCGGAUACAAAGAUUACAUGAACAUUUUUCCGGGACCAAAUUUUGUUCUCCCUUGAUGGAGGUGUCCCAACGGAGAGGUUCCACUGUAUCAAACAUAUCCAGGAAGACUAUUAGAAGAUGACGUCAAUUCAGUUCAACUACGUACUAGUAUCCUAUGUUUUGAGGGAUCCGAACCCCCAAAGGUUCUUUCGUUAAAAAAAUAAAUAAUUAAAAACAGUAGUAAAUAUUAUAAUCACUGCUGAUCGAAGAGCGUUGUGACAAUUACCAAAACGUUUCUCCUUGUAACUGAUGCUGGGCCAGUUUAGGGUUUUGGUUUUUAGCAAAUCAUCACAUCUGCUCUAUUUAGCCCUCUCCUGAACAUUUCUAGUUUCAAUUAACACAACGGUCUUGAACACGCUUGACCUCCAAUUUUUGUUUUGCUUUGACAGUCGCUAACUUAAUGCAGGGAGAAGCCAAAGAUCGCGUUUUGUUGGCUGGCAAAGACGUAUCGAAACCGGUCCCUUGAUUUUACCGAUUAUUCCAAGCAACCUAUAGCGAUUUUUGGCUCGUCCCUGCUUCAAGGUACUGACACAGAAAGCAGUAGAAGUCUUUUUUUAAGCGAACGCUGUUCAUUGCACUAAAUUGCCAAGAGUCGACUAAUGGUGUAACUCCACUGUUAGUAUGCAACUAUAUGUAAACCUCAUGAAACCCAAUUCGGGCGAGCGCUCGAAACGUUCGCUUGUGAGUCAAAUUAAAUGGUGGCCGAUUUUCUUUAUCUACUCACUUGGUAAAACCGCAUUUUAUCUCAUCAUUAUCAUUCAGCCUGCAUUCCAUUCAGUGCAUCAUUCCCUGCUCCGCGUGCUUGUGAUGAUGAUUGGUGAACUGGACUUUGUAACAACCUUCAUAGACACCAUAGGAGAGAAGUGUAAAGGGAACAAGAAUCUGUUAAAUCCAUUCCCUUUGACUGGACAGUUCUUCCUCUUUUUGUGCUUGUUUUUCCUUACUACCGCUCUGAUGAACCUUUUGGUAAGGAACUGGUUUGAUAUGUAUUUUUAACAGCUGAAAGAGUAGCCUGAGAAAACGGCCGACAUUUCGCGACAGUUUCCCCGCGAAAUGACAUCUGAGAAACGAGUACAGAAAUUCCAUACUGAUGACGUGUCACUACCCUGACCUGGGUAGUGCUCUUAAUUAGUUGAAGGAAAUUUCCCUCGCUGCACGACCAAUCGGAAGUUCUGACAAGAUCUGGGAAGUAAAACGUCAUCAGUAUGACAUUUCUGUGCUCCUUCCUCAGACAUCAUUUCGCAGGGAAACCAUCGGUGGCGUCCAAAAGUUCGGCUGUUUCCUGAGGCUGUUGAAAGAGCCUGUUGUAGUUUUCUGCGCAUAUGUAGGACUUUGAGUUUUAAUUCGAAAGAACAGUUUUCAAAUAUAAAUUUGGUAAUGAAAAAACACUUUUCCAACUGGUAUCGAUUUCCUUAGAACUGUGUAGGCUAAUGUUAAAUUUGUCGAAACAAUCACGCGUCAUCUGUAAAGGUUCUGCACAGGACAUUUUUUAUCUUUUCUUAGUCCAAAUCUAAAUGUGGUUUAGUCGACAACAUCCACGAGGGACAUCACGCCAACUCUAAAACACUUGGGAUUGGAGAUAUAAAUUUUAAACGAAUGAUAUGAUCAUUGCAGUAGUAAUUGAAAUUUAAGUAAUUGCAAAUAAACCCGAAAAAAAAAUUUGAGACUUCAACGGGAUUCGAACCCAAGGCCUCUGCGUUACCGCUGCGUGCUGUACCAUUUGAGCUAUGAAGACCCAUCCCUGGGAGCAGGCCAAAUUGUUGAGUUCAUCUCAACCCCUGAAAGGAAUAAAACAAUGAUGAUGUGGAUUGCGGAGACCGAGGCACAAAUUUUAAAUAGAGAUAUGAUCGUCGCAGCGGUAAUUGCCAUUACCACUUGUUGAUUACAAGUUAGUCAUUGGCCUUGAAAGAGCCCGCACAUGACGUUGUUAGUUAAAGCCGUAUAUGCGCAUUUUAAUGAUGGUCGAAAGUAGCUUCGCGACUACUUUGGGUUUUGGUACACGCGCUCGGUUGGUCACGUCUAACUGACAGUAAGUUCAUCGUAUUCUUGCCGUGACUGCCAUUAAAAAAACAUUUUUAAUCAAGAAAAAAAAAGAUAUAACCGUAUUUACUGGAACGUUCUAGCUACAGCGAUCAGUUACCUUAAAGGUUCUUUGAUGUAGCUAUUUUUCGAAGAUGGCGAUGCGGGGUUUAGCAAGUGAAGUUCGCUGCGUUGAACAGUUUUUAAUUUCAUGUAAUGGGCGGAUGACAUAAGUGGUCCAAUAAUAAAAAAAGUAUUUGGCGAAGCACUUCGUAACAAAUUAAGCCAACCAGAAACGGACAAGUCAGACGAUAUACUAAGUUUACUUUUAAAAAUGUUUAUUUUAUUGUAAUAAAUUUUACCGUACAAUUUUCUUGCAGGUUGGUCUGGCCGUGGGAGACACCAAAACAAUGAAGAAAUAUGCCACGAUCAAGAGACUUGUGAUGCAACUGGAAUACCAGUUUAAAAUAGAGGAGGCGUAUCCCAAAAACAUUAUCCGAAAGGUUUACGAAAGCAUUCAUGUAGAGAAGCCCAACAAGCUGUCUAGAGUCAACAGGUAUACCUCAUUUUGACCAAAUGGCGGUAAUAAAGCGUAUGUGUGUGUGUGUUCUCAUAGUUCGUUUGUUCGUGGGCACUCAUAUAACUGUCACCGAAUAUUUUCAGUCAGGUUUUCUUUUCAUUAACGUUUAUUCUAAAUAUUGCUUGUCGCAAAAUCGCUUUGAAUAUUUUAAUUCAUAUUUUUGCCUAGAUAGUGCAAGACCACGAAAUUGUCUUGGUUGCCAGGAGUCGCUGGAAUAGAAAGGCAAUCACCGCCUAAUAUUUGCAACAGCUAUUGCUACACUGUUGAUCAGUUUUGAUCAGUUUUCUUCAUAGGGUUACCGGAAAUUGGAAUUCCCAUAUCGGUGGUAAAAUUCGAUUGAAAGGAAAAUACAUUUCAACUUGUUUUACUCCUCAGAAUAGAAGAGUGGCUCCAUGCAAGGUUUGCGGAAGCAGCUCCAGAACCGGUCGAAGAGGGUCAAACAUCUGAAUUUGCUGAACUAAAAGAAGAGAUUUUAAAAAUCAAGAAGAGGAUCAAAUCUAUGAUGGCCAUGUUGGAGGCCCUAAAACAAGCUGCUCAAGAACCUGGCAGUUGCCGUCGACCCAAAAUUUAA